AUGUUGUUCAACACCCUCUCUAUCACCGCCGUUGGAGUGCUAUCACUCCAUGUUUCCGGAGCCAUUGCUCAGCCCCACGAGCCUCGAGGCCUGGACGUUCAGCUGAAGUGGCACGAGAAGACCAACUGCGACGACAAGGGUGGCCCCAAGCGCGACUACAGCGACGGCGCCUGCUUGGACUUGGCUGAAUCCACCCGUGGAGUCGAAAUCCUUGACCUCAGUGGUAGUUGCCACCUGAUCUCUUAUGACGACUCAAGCUGCCAAUCUGGUUCUCGGAUCCUUGAUUCCUUGGGCUGCUGGAACCUGAAGGGAAAGAACUCCGUUCAGUUUAAGUGCGACUAA